AAUAUAAAAAACCGGUCCAUGCCCAUCACUGUCUUUGCCGGUUGCUAGUUGCUACCAAGCACCACUAAACCCUGAACCCUAAUUCCUUUCUCUAAAACCCCCAUCCUAAUUCAACACUCCACAAACUAAAAUAAACAAAACCCAAUUAGGGUUUAUUGUAUCUCAAUUAUUUAUCCCCAAUUUUCAAAUUACCACCAUUUUAAUCUGUAUCAAAACAGGUCCUAUAUAUAGUAGUUGUGCAGCAGAGUAAUGGAGCAAAGAUUGGCUAGUACAUGGCGAAUGAGUGUUAAUGAGAAGAAAUUUAUCGAAAGCUCUUUGCUUUCUGACUUGAGAGCCGAUGGUCGCCGCCCUUUUGACUAUAGACGCCUAACUAUCAAGUUUGGGAGAGAAGAUGGCUCGUCCGAGGUUCAGCUUGGGAAUACUCAUGUUAUGGCUUUUGUGACUUCCCAACUUGUUCAGCCUUAUCGAGACAGGCCUAAUGAAGGGACACUGUCUUUCUAUACUGAGUUCUCCCCGAUGGCUGAUCCUUCGUUUGAGGCUGGUCGUCCUGGAGAGUUUGCUGUGGAGUUGGGACGCAUCAUAGAUCGGGGUCUGAGGGAAAGCAAGGCCGUAGACACAGAAUCACUUUGUGUAAUUUCUGGAAAGUUAGUGUGGGCUAUUCGCAUUGAUGUUCACAUUCUGGACAAUGGAGGAAAUCUUGUUGAUGCUGCCAAUAUCGCUGCUCUGGCUGCUUUGUCAACAUUCCGGAGGCCUGAAUGUACUCUAGGAGGCGAAGAUGGUCAGGAAUUGAUAGUACAUCCGCCUGAGGUAAGAGAUCCAAUUCCACUAAUAAUACACCAUCUUCCUGUAGCAGUAACCUUUGGUUUUAUUGGGAAAGAGAGUAUCAUGGUAAUUGAUCCAACUCACCUUGAGGAGGCUGUUAUGGGUGGUAGAAUGACUGUUACGCUUAAUACAAAUGGGGAUGUUUGUGCUAUCCAGAAAGCGGGAGGAGAUGGUAUAUUGCAGAGUGUCAUCAUGCAGUGUUUGCGUAUUGCUUCUGUGAAGGCUGGCGACAUAUCAAGUAAAAUAAAGAAUGCUGUUGAAUCUUUCAAUACAGAAAGAGCACUACGGAAGAUCAAACGUCAUAGUUCCUCUUCUGCUGUUGAAGUGAGUGAACCAGCUCAGAAGGGAGGCACUGAGUUAUCUAGGACUCAUGUGGGUAGACUAAAUUCAACGCCCGAGGAAAGUGGGGUUGGCCAGAGCAAUGGCAUGGAAGUUGAUGGCAAGAUAUUGCAACAAGAAACUAGUAGGAGAGACAGUGGUGCUCAGAGCUUCAUUGGUGGGCCCUCUAGUUGGGACCCAUAUUCGAAGGGCAUCGAUUCUGAUGCACUGAGAGCUCCCCCUGCUUCACAAGUUGUAGCACCCACUAAGAAGCUAGAAGACAUCAAACUCGACCAGCCCAGUGAUAUGGAAUUAGCAUCACCAGCUGCUGGUAACAAUUCACUUACGUUGCCAAAUGAAGUAGCUGAUACUGGAUUACAAACAAACGAAGAGAAGACUUUAAAGGACGCUAUAAAGCCUAAGCACAAGAGGAGGAAGAAGAAGACAUCCUCCCAGCAGUAAUGCAAGUAACUGACUUCUUUUAGGCAAGUUGGAAAAGUUUAAUUUAUUUUUGUUAGAUAGUUGCAUGAUGAGAAGUAGGAUAACUGUGUUGUUCAAAAAAUUUUAAGAUUUUUGAUGUAAGAGCUUCACAGUGUUUUUAUAGAAUGAUCUUAGAGUGCACCGGUGAGAUAUUUUACCAAAUCUCAGCAAGCUCAGACAUUUUUCAUGUUGAGAAAUUAUUCACCUUCCAGAAUAUUGUUUUACAUCUAUAAUAGAAUGAUGCAUUUUGUACUUGUUUAAGUACAUUUUUUUCUA